AUGACCCUCAAACUCAAGCCCAGCUCCUCCCCGCCGGCCUCCCCGUUCUCAUGGGAGGUCUCACCGCAGACACCGCCAGCGCACAGCGCAUCGAACGAACUACCGUCUCCACCGACUGCAUGGCUUUCAGCGCGCGACAUGAAGACAUUCGGCGCCGAGCCUCUCGAACUCGACGUCGGCAUAAUCAAAUGCAGAGACUGCAUGAAGCCAAUUCUGCGCAGCGCCAUAUCGGAGCAUUCAGACAACUGCGCUAAGAUUCGGUCCGGAGGGAAGAAAGGUAUCAAAGGGAAGCUCGGUGCGGAGACAGAGGCCGAUAAGAAGGGAAAGAAGCGCAAAGCGGAAGACGAGCUUGACGAUCCCGGAGCGCCGAAGACCAAGAAGCAGGCCCGGACUCGCGUCAAGGGUCCGGUCGACUACGACAAGCAGUGCGGUGUCAUCAACGACAAGGGCCUCCCAUGCUCGCGAUCCCUCACGUGCAAGUCCCAUUCCAUGGGCGCAAAGCGCUCCGUGCAGGGCCGCUCGAAAGGCUACGACGAACUGCUGCUCGACUGGAAUCGCGCCAACAACCCGAACUGGGUCGAGCCCGUGAAGAAGGAGAGCAAGGCCGAGCGUAAGGAGCGCAAGGAGCGGGAGAAGGCGGAGAAGAAGCGUCAGGCCAUGGAGGCCGCAGCAGCGGCGGGCGUCGACGUCACGAAGAAGGGCUCGAGCUCGAUGACCGGCGGGACGACGAAGAAGGGGAAGAAAGCGAGCGCCGCCGUCGCCGCAGCGACAGCCGCCGUGUCGGCAGCUACGCACGUUGGUCCGGCGGACGACGUCUACGAGAACCUCGACGAUCUGGACUCCGAGACGGAGCUCGACACGCUCGUCCGUGCCGUCCGGCUUGCGCACGGUCGUGGGAUCAUCGGCACGCCGCUCGCUGCCCCCUGCGAUACUAGUUCGUGGUUUGUGGCUCGUCGAGAGCGCUUGCGGACUUGCAAUCAGCUAUUGGCGAACGCCCUCAUGCCGUCUCGCAGUGCCGCCGUCCCUGUUGUGAGCAGGCUUACAUAGUGGUUAUGUUCGCAGUCUUCUCUCCUUUUCCCUAUACCUUAGCCACACGCUCACAGCACCUUCACACGGACCAGGAUCACAAUCUGUAUCAUACUGGACUUCCAUGUACAUUCCCUGUAGAUCUAUAUCGUUGUAAUAUUACCGUUGCCGCAUCGACCUCACAAAUGUCGUUUCCGA